AUGACGGGAGGUCCGAGAAGGAUCUUCUACACCGUCAACAGGUCCUGGUCUGGCAGGAUCACAUGCGCCGAGCUGCGGAGGAGCACCUUCCUGCAGAACGUGGCUCUUCUGGAGGAGGAGGCAGACAUCAACCAGCUGACGGAGUUCUUCUCCUACGAGCACUUCUACGUCAUCUACUGCAAGUUCUGGGAGCUGGACACGGACCACGACCUGCUCAUCGAUGCCCAGGACCUGGCCCGGCACAACGACCACGCUAUUUCCACCAAGAUGAUCGACCGGAUCUUCUCCGGAGCCGUGACGCGAGGGAAAAAAGUGCAGAAGGAAGGAAAAAUCAGCUACGCGGACUUUGUGUGGUUUCUGAUCUCCGAGGAGGACAAGAAGACUCCCACCAGCAUCGAGUACUGGUUCCGCUGCAUGGACUUGGACGGGGACGGCGCGCUGUCCAUGUUCGAGCUGGAGUACUUCUACGAGGAGCAGUGCCGGCGGCUGGACAGCAUGGCCAUCGAGGCCCUGCCCUUCGAGGACUGCCUGUGCCAGAUGCUGGACCUGGUGAAGCCCCAGAGGGAAGGGAGGAUCACGCUGCAAGACCUGAAGCGCUGCAAGUUGGCCAACGUGUUCUUCGACACCUUCUUCAACAUCGAGAAGUACCUGGACCACGAGCAGAAAGAGCAGGUGUCCCUGCUCAGGGAGAGCGAGAGCGAGGGCCCCGAGUUGUCUGACUGGGAGCGCUUCGCCGCCGAGGAGUAUGAUAUCCUGGUGGCCGAGGAGGCCGCAGGGGACCCCUGGGAGGACGGGUACGAGGCUGAGCUCAGCCCCGUGGAGCAGAAGCUCAGCGCCCUGAGGUCCCCACUGGCUCAGAGGCCCUUCCUGGAGGCGCAGGGCGGCCUGGGCGCCGUGGAGCUAUACGAGUACGAGGGUGGGGACGACGACUUGCCGCCCUCGUGACCCGAGGCCCGCUCGGGGUCCCCGCGGCCCGCGGGUGGGAAACGCGGCCGAGCGGCCGGCGGCCUCACCAAGUGCAGUGCGUUUGUCUGUGGUGCGUGCGUCUUUACUCAGCACAGAAGCGGCUGCACAACGCCCCGCCAUGCUUCCCCGCCUGCCUCCCCAGCGGGCAGGCGGCCUCGGCCCGCUGCCCUGUCCAGGGGCUUGGAGGCUCCCCGUCCGCGGACGGCUCACCCCGCUGGGAACCCGGCGGCGCUGUGGCGGGUUUGCCCCGGCCGGCUGUGUCGGCAGGAACAUUCCAGGAGCCCCUGCGCCCGCUGUCCCGCGGGGCCCCUGCGGGGAGGCCGCCCUGGCCCCAGUCCCUGCCCCGGACAGGGCUGAGGGAGCGCCCAGGUCAGUGCAGCCCAGUGUUUCUGUGUACGUGUACAAAAUGUGUAAAGUUACCUUCUAUUUGCUGUGCAGAGCGGUUUAAAGAGUUUUAUGAGAUCACGUUUGUAUUUUGAAAUAAAGAAUUUAAGGA